AUCAUCAUAUAUAGUAGAGUUGUGGAUACAUUUGAAUAUAGCUUAAGCUUACAAAAAUUAAAGAGAGGUAGAAAAAGAUGGGAACUAUAAGAAUUAUUUUUAUGGCUUUGGUUAUGGCUCUUAAGAUUUUAUCUAGUGAAGGCCAAUUAGUAGAGAAUUUCUACACUUCAAGUUGUCCUAAUGUUGAACUUUUGGUGUCUCAAGCAGUGACCAAUAAAUUUACUCAGACUAUCACCACUGGACAAGCAACUCUUCGUUUAUUUUUGCAUGAUUGCUUUGUUGAGGGAUGUGAUGCUUCGGUUAUAAUAGCCUCACCAAAUGGGGAUGCAGAAAAAGAUGCAAAGGAAAAUCUUUCUCUACCAGGAGAUGGGUUUGACACUGUGAUUAAAGCAAAAGAAGCAGUUGAAGCUGUAUGCCCAGGAGUGGUUUCUUGUGCAGACAUUUUAGCACUUGCCACUAGAGACGUUAUAGUCUUGCUUGGAGGCCCUUCAUUCACAGUUGAACUAGGACGAAGAGAUGGACUCAAUUCCAAAGCAUCAAAUGUUGAACCAAAUCUACCAAAACACAGUUUCAAUCUCAAUCAACUAAACAAAAUUUUCUCAAAACACAACCUAAGCCAAACCGACAUGAUUGCACUUUCAGGAGCACACACCGUUGGAUUCUCACAUUGUGACCAAUUCACUGACCGUAUAUUUUCAUCUCCAGUGGACCCCACAUUAGACCCAACUUAUGCACAACAAUUAAUAGUAGAUUGUCCUAAAAAUGCUGACCCAGGCACAGUCAUAGCUCUUGAUCUUCAAACACAACAUGUUUUUGAUAAUUUGUAUUAUCAAAAUUUAGUUAAUGGUAAAGGGUUGUUAAGUUCUGAUCAAGUUUUGUUCACUGAUGAUGCUUCAAAAUCUACGGUUGUUGAUUUUGCUAAUGAUGGUGCUAAAUUCUUUGAUGCUUUUGUUGUGGCUAUUAAGAAGCUUGGAAGAGUUGGGGUAAAGACCGGUCAAGAGGGAGAGAUUAGGAGAGAUUGUAGUAAAUUUAAUUAGUGUGAUUAUAAAUGAGAGUAAGUUGAAACAAAAAUAUAUUAUUAGUUUGGAUAGAGUGAUUGUGAUCUAAAUGUAUUAUUAAUAGUAAUAAUAAUAUUAAUAAUAAUUUUUAAGUUUGCAUAUUUGUUUUAA